AUGAUUGAUGCAGCGAGUGGAGGUGCAUUAGUUGAUAAAACUCCGGAGCAAGCCCGAAAUUUGAUUGCUAAUAUGGCGCAGAAUACACAGCAAUUCGGUCUCAGGAGGUCCGAUUUGGGUAAACGAAUGGAUGAGGGCCAGUCGAGUAUGAUGGAGGCUCAGUUAGCUAAUUUAACGGCUAUGGUAGGUAAAUUGAUGACUGGAGGUAAUGCGAAAGCUUCACUAUGUGGCAUUUGUUGUUUGGAAGGACAUACCACAGAUAUGUGUCCGACAUUACAGGAAGGGGAAGCUAACGCCGUCUUUCCAAAUCAGAGAAGAUAUCAAAACCGAGCCACACCUCCGGGAUUCGAGCAGCAAAAUUCCCGACAAUAUAAUUCGUCACAACAACAAACCAACCAUCAAAAUCUUAGUGCUGAAACUAAGACUCAUACCAUGCUUGAACAAAUGAUGAAGAUGAUGGUUGACCAGAAGAAGGAAACCGAUGGAAGAUUUCAGUCUUUGGAAUCGGCAGUGAAGCAAUUGCAAACCAGAGCCUCGUCGACCGAUGUUAAUCUUGGGAACUUACAAGCACAGGUAAAUAAUCGGUUACCGUCACAGCCUAUGGCAAAUCCGAGGGAUAAUGUCAGUGCUAUAACCUUGCGAAGUGGGAAGGAGUUGAGAUCGUCACUAAAGAAAGCCCAAAACAGCGAUGAGGUAGACAAAACUGAGGUAAGAAAGGUCCAAUUUAGUGAUAUUGAAGAGGAAAAUUUAGCCUUGCCAAAGGCUGAUUUACAACCGUCGCAAGCAGCUCCAAAGGAAGCAGGGAAAUCACAUUCACAACAGUCCACUGCUUUGCACGAUGUAGCGAAUUUUGAGCAAGAAACAGGGGUUCCCGAGCUUCAAGCACAAACAGGUCAGAACGAUAAUAACCAACCUCGGUCUUAUGUGCCGAAGGCGCCAUUUCCACAGUGUUUGAGGAAGGAAAAGUCAGACGACGUCAAUGCUGAAAUUCUAGAGACUUUCCGUAAGAUUAGUCUAGGCGAAAAUGUCUCUGCUGUAUUUCAAAAGAAACUUCCUAUUAAAUGUAAAGAUCCUGGAAUGUUUUCGAUACCUUGUAAGAUAGGAGACCUUAAACUUGAUAGAGCUAUGCUUGAUUUGGGAGCUUCUAUAAAUGUCAUGCCUAGGAGUAUCUACGAUAAAGUUCAAUUAGGUGUAUUAAAAGACACGGGACUGAUAAUUCAACUUGCAGAUAGAAGUAAUGCCUACCCUGAUGGCGUUUUAGAAGAUGUUCUGGUGCAAGUGAAUGAGUUAGUUUUUCCAGCUGAUUUUUAUGUUUUAGACAUGGAAGCUAGUGAUAAAUCAGUUGAUGUACCCUACUCUUAG